ACUUGGGGCAAACACCGCGGUUCUUUCUCUUUCCCAUUGCCCCCCUCGCCUCCGCCUUUGUUCCCUCCUCCAUUUCCUCCUGCGCCGGUGUCUUGAGGUCCCUGUGUAGAAGGAGCUGGUGUUGCGGACUUAACCCAGGGCUGCUGCGGUGGGAGCUUGCCGCUGCUGGCAGGACCAGGAGCGGGGGAGGAGACUGCAGUCCCCCCCCCCCUUGCAUUUUCAUUUCUCUUUCUUUCCGCCUUCCUGAGUCGUCCUCUUCUCUAGAUUUCCCCCUUCUCUCUCUCUCCCCCCCUUUCCCCCAGUAUUCUUCUGCCACCUGUGUUUGGGCUGAGAGCUGGCUGGGGAGGACGCUGGGGGGGAGAGUGAGGGUGAAAGAUCUGCCUGCCUGCCUGCGGAUUGAUUGGAAGCGGCGAUCGUAUCUGCAGCCGAAGGAUUAACCGCUAAACUUUUACUGCUGCCUGCCUGUGUGUGCAUGUGUGCGUGUGUGUGUAAGUAAAUGGGGGAAAUCUCAGCUCAAAGCGGGAACGUGUCUUGUUUCCUUUUGACAGAUGCAGUUGGUGGGGUGAGGAACAAUGAACAUUUUCUUUAGGACAUAAAGUGAAGGAGGAAAACCCCUCCACUGUUCUCCCCCCACCCCCCAUUCAACAAUCUACAGCAACCCUCCCCCCCCCCCCCCGGCGUGGAGUGAAUGGAAGAAUCUCCGGGAUUUUCUUCUGCUCUUCGCCCUGGACUGUAGGCGUGAGGGGAUCUCUCUCCACGUACAUCCAUCUCUCUAUCUCGCCAUCCAUCUCCGGGAGGAUCUGAGCCGGUGCAAUGUGCUUUCGGCCUCUUGCUCCUGCUGCUGCUUGACACUAUGCAACACGCAGAGAGAGGGCUUUUCAAAAAUGGAUUGGUUCGAUUUUAAAGGACGUCUUCUCCAAUAAGGAUUGCAGUGCCCACAAAUAUGACUAAAUCUCCCGUUUGGUAAAUCUUCCUGCCCCCCUCCCCUUCGGGCUCCCUCCCUCCACCCCCACCCCUUCAGAGGACCAAGGGAGCUGAUGACGGACCCAUUAAUCCUUCCUUCAAUGCAUCAAAAGAACCCAAAGGUCUGGGAAACGCUGGGCUUGAAAUCCUACAGGAAAUGCUUCGACCGGCUUUUGGUUUUGUAUGAAACCGGCGAUUAGGGGGGAGGGUUGUGCGAGCGACACCCCCCCCCCCCCGUCCCGUUGCCCUGGCCUCUUUCCUGGCCCCCUUUUGAUGUGCUCUUUGCCAGGUGCUUGUCCUCAGGUCUCUUUCUCUCCGGCCCCUCGCCGCCAGUUAUGCAGACUCCCUGUCGUACUCAGCGGCUGCUGCUUUUGAUAUGAUUCAAAGAUGGGGGGGGGGGGGUGGUGAUGAUCGCUCUGGUGUGAUGGGGUUGAGACGGCGGUGAUUGUUUGAAGGCGAGGAGGAGAGAGAGGAAGGGCUGCUGCUACCCUUCGCUGCGUGUGUGGGCUUCAGUUUUCCUACUCCAUCCUCUGCCCACCACUGGACGUCCUCCCGUAUCUAAAUGGAAUUAGUGGAGAUCGAAGCCCCUUGUGUAAGGAACAGACAUGAUCCAUGGGCGCAGUUUGUUUCACAUUGUAGCAAGUCUAAUCAUCCUACACCUGUCUGGGGCAACAAAAAAAGGAACAGAAAAGCAAAUCACUUCAGAAGGGCAGAAACCAGUGCAGUGUGGAACUUGGACAAAAUAUGCAGAAGGAGGCAUCUUCACUUCUCCCAAUUACCCCAACAAGUAUCCUCCUGACAGAGAGUGCAUCUACAUUAUAGAAGCUGCCCCUAGACAAUGUAUUGAGCUACACUUCGAUGAAAAAUAUUCUGUAGAGCCUUCUUGGGAGUGUAAAUUUGAUCACAUUGAAGUGCGAGAUGGACCUUUUGGCUUUUCCCCAAUCAUUGGACGUUUCUGUGGACAGCAAAAUCCACCUAUGAUAAAAUCUAGUGGCAGAUUCCUGUGGAUUAAAUUUUUUGCUGAUGGUGAGCUGGAAUCUAUGGGUUUUUCUGCACAAUAUAAUUUCACACCUGAUCCGGACUUUAAGGACCUGGGAGUUUUGAAACCAUUGCCAGGUUUCAUUUUUGUGGUAUUUUGUUACUCAGUUUGUGAGUUUGAGAUGGGAGGACCUGAAGGAAUUGUGGAAUCUGUGCAAAUUGUGAAGGAAGGAAAAGCUUCUGAUAUGGAGGCAGUUGACUGUAAAUGGUACAUCCGAGCACCACCACGAUCCAAGAUCUAUUUACGAUUCUUGGACUAUGAAAUGCAGAAUUCAAAUGAAUGCAAAAGGAAUUUUGUGGCUGUCUAUGAUGGAAGUAGCUCAGUGGAGGAUUUAAAAGCUAAAUUUUGUAGCACUGUUGCUAAUGAUGUGAUGCUGCGUACAGGUCUUGGGGUAAUCCGCAUGUGGGCAGACGAAGGCAGUCGAAACAGCCGGUUCCAGAUGCUCUUCACAUCUUUCCAAGAACCCCCCUGUGAAGCCAACUCAUUUUUUUGCCAUAGUAAUAUGUGUAUUAAUAAUACAUUGGUCUGCAAUGGACUCCAGAACUGUGUGUAUCCUUGGGAUGAGAACCAUUGUAAAGAAAAAAGAAAGGCUAACAUUUUGGACCAACUGACCAAUACCAGUGGGACUGUAAUUGGGGUGACCUCUUGCAUUGUGAUCAUCCUCCUUAUUAUCUCUGUUAUAGUACAGAUCAAACAACCUCGUAAAAAAUUUGUCCAAAGGAAAACAGACUUUGAUCAAACAGUAUUCCAGGAGGUGUUUGAGCCUCCUCAUUAUGAGUUAUGUACUCUUAGAGGGACAGGGGCUGCAGCUGACCUUGCAGAUGUUGCAGAUGACUUUGAAAAUUAUCAUAAACUGCGGAGAUCAUCUUCAAAAUGCAUUCAUGACCAUCACUGUGGAUCACAACUGUCUAGCACUAAGGGCAGCCGUAGUAACCUCAGCACAAGAGAUGCUUCUAUCUUGACAGAAAUACAACCGCAGCCUGUAAAGCCCCUCAUCCAGCCCAUGAACAGGAGAAAUAUUCUUGUCAUGAAGCAUAGCUACUCACAAGAUGCUGCAGAUGCGUGUGAGAUAGAUGAAAUUGAAGAGGUACCAACUACAAGUCACAGGCUGUCAAGACAUGAUAAAGCUGUCCAGCGGUUCUGCCUCAUUGGGUCUCUAAGCAAACAUGAGUCUGAGUACAACACAACUAGGGUCUAAAAGGAAAAUUCAAGACUGCUUGAGAAUAGUGCGCUCCUGAGUGAUUUUGAACAUGCUACAAUGAAAUGUGAAACUAUGGACCAUGGAAACACCAGAUAGAGGUUUUAUGGACUCUCUGACCAUUUAUUCUCAUAUCAUGAUAAAGUUCAGCAAACUGUAUUGAGUAAAAUUACUAGAUGGCAAUAAGACUCUAAUUAUUAUCAUAAUUGGUCAUUUUUCUUUUUCUUUUUUUCCUCUUUUUAAAUUAAAGUUACGAAGUAAGAUACCCAAUUUCAGGAACAAUUUAUUGAAAUCAGGUAUUUAGCCAUUCAUAAUCACUUCAAUAGAAAUGUUUGUUGGAUUUGCAUCUAGCAAAAUGACUAAUUUGACCACUGAGAAAAUAAUCUGCAUGUAUGUUACUGAAUAUUUGAGUUGGCAAAAAUCCCUUUUAUUAGAUACAUUGUAAAAAGCAUGCAUUCACAAUUACUGUUGUUACUGUUCCAUUUCUUUGUGUCAUAUGCUUGUUACUUGUAACUUUUUAUAUAAAGAUACAUAAAACAAUGUAUAAUAAUUUCUUA